CAAGAAAUGCAACGACCAUUAUCGAUUCGAGAUAAACCUGGUUACAUUUAUGCGUAUCAAUUAAACGAAGGUCGUUUAUCAGGAGUCAAGAAUUUUGCGUAUUUAAAGAUUGGCCGAACGACCGAUCCCCAUCGUCGAAUGUAUCAGAUAGCCAAUACCUGUGAUCUGGUACCAAAAAUAAUAGAGCUGUUCCCCAGUUUUCCUAAAUCAAAUGGGCCGAUGAUGCCUAACAACCUGGAAGCUUUAGAGGAAGAAGUG